AUGAUCAUCAAAUAUGAUAAUGAUCGGGACGAAGUUCCAAACCUUCCACGGGGAGGAGGGAGUAUUGAGUAUGACAACGAUCGGCAGAAAGUUAAAGACGAGCUUGCACAGGGCGGGUGGGAUGUCUAUUACGGAGACACUGUUGAACUUUGGGAAGUUGCUAUCGGUCUUCUGUCGACCGUUAUCUCAGGUGGUGUCUCUCUUGCGGCAUGGGUUGAGUGGCAAAUUUCUGUUCAACUCGCCAAGUUUGGGCAGUCUCUGGGUGACAUAGACAGUGAUAUUGUCAAACAGGUGAUCCAACUCUUGGAAAAUGUUAUCAAGUCUGGCCAAGAAGGUGAAUGGAAUAUGGGUGGUCUCGGUGUCAAGGCAGGAGUGGCUACAUAUCACUACUCGUUCAGAGUCAAGUACCCUUGGGGUGGUCACACUGGCUGGAACGCGCUUCCCAGCAACUUUCAACCAUAUAUUGGUUUCCGCCUUACAGAGAAGCUUCCAAAGGAAGGAGGAGCACCGCCGGUAACGCCAAAGAAAGCUCCAGUUUCGCUUGCGAGCACCCUUCCUAUCGCUCCUACGCCUUGA